CCUGCACUUCCUUCUGUCUGUCCGAGGGUCCGUUCAAAGCGUCAAGGAUUGCCGAGCGCACCGGCGACCAUCACUGUGUACAUCACUAUUCCAAUGCUGGCACCUCGCCCAACGCUCUUUGCUGCUAGUGCAUGCAGCAUCUAGGGAGUCACGAGUAGAGGGGAGGGCCCUGUUGCCAAGGACGAAUUUCUCGCAUACAACCUCAUCCACUCUAAAUCCUUGCAAAGUCUGGAGCCACUUCAUGUUGCGUGCCGCAGCGUCUUCAACGAGAUACUUCAGCCAGCGGAUUUCUGGGCCAGGAAUAAGCUACCCUAGCCUCACAUUUGCCUAUGAUGGCGCCACGAACCUCGCCAGUCACUCGGGCUCGUCCAGGGCAGCCUGGCUCAAGCUACUUGUCGAGACACCCUCCGCCCGAUCCUUUCCAUCCUCCACCGGACAACGCCGUGUUUCGCGAUCUGCUCAUCUUCGAGGAGCGUCUCAAGCAGAACGCUGCUCGACUUGUCAAACGAAGGCGGAAAUACGUCGUGCUCUUGACGUCCUUCAUCGUAGGCGUUGCCAUUCUUAGCUACCGGAUCUUCGUUCUGACCCCGCCAGUGAAGCCUUACGGACUUCUACACUACUUGCAACUGGGCGCGCUGCUUCUCGGGGGAACGACGAUAUUCCUGUUUUUUGCGAGCGGAAUGUAUUCCGAGCGCAUUGGUGCAGCAAAUAUCUUUGUACCUCAAGCCAAUCGGGCUCUGCGCUACUUCAAUCUCUACCUGAAUGUCAGGAGCCCACCCGCUGUGCACCUCUUCUCGCUGCUCAGCGCAGGCGAUGCCAACCCUGCCGGCGUUUCCUCUCCCGCUCUGGCCACACCAGGCUCCGGACUCGUCUUCAACCCUCCCUCUCCGACCAAUCCGCGGGGCGAGCUUCUCUUCUUCCCUCGGGUAUCGACCGCUUUCAAGGAUGGCUACGUGCGGUACCGGGCAGCUUAUGAGAGGCGCAGAAGCACACAAAUCAACUCGCGGAACAUGCAAAGCUGGACCUGGCGCCUCUUUCACUUUCGCUGGCGAGGGUCAGCUCUGAGCGAUGCAGUACCCACCGAACGCACGCCGCUGAACCGGUCUGCUCCCGAUGGUGGAGCCGAAGAGAGUCAAGCUACCUACUCACCGCAACAAACAGUACGUCGAGGCUCCAGAGAUCAAAUUCACUCUCGUUCAAAUUCGAACGCGGCUCGUGAUCGGAGGAGAAGUAGGUCAGGGACGAACGCUAGCGUAUCUAGCGUUGCCAGCUCUUCCAGUGCGUCCUCCUUCGUCUCUGGUCCGGAGCCCCCUGCAAGUUCGUCGAUGGAAUCGAUUAGCGUGGGGGCCUCUCUUGGCACGCCGAACGGAUCAAGAAGCACCCACGGCACUCCAAAAUUGGACUCUACUACCGAGGAAGAUUUGGAAGAGGUCAAUAGCUCGGCCGGAUUUACUCCUGCUCCGAGAUCGACCAGAAGCACGAGAAACACCAGACAGGAUGAGUCGCCAGCCAGCCGGCCAGUCUCUAUACCUAUUCCACGACCGAGGACCAGCUCUUCGUCUCGUCGAGGCAGUCCGAGCAGCAGCGUUGACCAACGCUUAAGCUCGUCUUCAGCAAUUAAUGCACGACCUCACAAUUUGCGACAAGUGUCCAGCUCUGAUAUUUCAGCCGCAACUGCUCCAGGUCCAGCUUCGAGGGCUGCUAUGGCUGCUCUCGGAUCCGGAUCAGGAUCCGGCGACGACUCUUCUCUGCGUGGCGAAGAACAUGUGUCUAAUGCCGAUCAAGAGUACACGCGAGCAUCUCGGGCGGAAGUCAGAGAUGCGAGAAGGGGCAGAGAUAGGACGCCUAGCGUCACUGCUGUCGCAAAUCCGACUCUCGCUAGAACGGCUAGUCAGCGCUGACAAGCAUGUGCUGUCUCGCACAUUCUUCGAUGUAUAAUCUAUGACCAUUCCGAUUCGAUUCCGCCCGCUCGAGUGAUUGUCAGUACAGACUGUGCAAUAUCAAAGUCAU